AUGGUCUUUACAGUUAACGAAACUGAUUUUUUCAUCAAGCUAGCAGAACUUCCAUCAGAGGUUACUACUUUGAUAGUUGGUUUCUUACCAAAAUGUAUGUUACCAGAGCUAUUGUACUUCCCGCCAAUUAGAGAGAUUGUUGCAGGUAUGAUAUGUUUAGAUGUAAAUAUUAUUGCUGAAAGUGAAAGAGACAAAGCUAUUGAUGAACCAUGUAUUGAAUACUCGAAAUGCACUUGCAAACAAUUCCAAAUCACACUUGAUGAUUUGAGGAAAGGUAUUCGUCAAUGCAAUAUAUUUCCGAGAUCCAUUGAUAUUAGAUAG